GCCUUUCUCUCCAUUUUUUCAUUUCUCUUAUUUUUAUCGCCGUUCUCCUCCUCCCGUUGGGUAUAAGUCUCGUAAUCCCGCGGGCGAAGCUUCCAGAAGGCUUCUUCCGUACGUUCCUUUCCUUGGUGAGGUGGCCUCAACCGCAUCUGGAAGCUACUACGGGGUUCCCCGGGCCAGAUCCGGCCGGGAGGGGUAGAGGAGGCGCCGGCGUGAUGGCGGCCGAGCAUGGCGCUGCGGCGGCGGCAGCGGACAGGGCUGGGGCGGAGCCUCCUCCCCCGGCGCCUAUGCCGGGGCUGGUGGCGUCGGUGGACGCGGCGGGGCAGAGGUCGCUGCCGACGCCGUUCCUGACCAAGACGUACCAGCUCGUCGAGGACCCGGCGGUGGACGACGUGAUCUCGUGGGGCGAGGACGGGUCGACGUUCGUGGUGUGGCGGCCGGCGGAGUUCGCCCGGGACCUGCUCCCCAAGUACUUCAAGCACAACAACUUCUCUAGCUUCGUGCGGCAGCUCAACACCUACGGAUUUAGGAAGAUCGUGCCGGACCGGUGGGAGUUCGCCAACGACUGCUUCCGGCGAGGCGAGAAGCGCCUGCUCUGCGACAUACACCGCCGGAAGGUGGUCCAAUCGGCGGGGCUUGCGGCUGCCGCUGCCGCCGCCGCGGCUGGGGCGGUGACGGUUGCCACCGCGGCGAUCCCGAUGGCGUUGCCGGUUACGCGCUCCGGCUCGCCGGAGCCGCAGCUCUCCUCCGAGGAGCAGGUCCUGUCGUCCAACUCAGGAUCCGCGGAGGAGCUCCCGCCGGCCGCACCGUCCGGCUCAGGCUCCGGCCUGGGCGGCGCCGCCGCCGGCUCCUCGUCCGGUGAUAUGGGCGAGGAGAACGACCGGCUGCGGCGGGAUAACGCGCGGUUGACCCGCGAGCUGGGGCAGAUGAAGAAGCUGUGCAACAACAUCGUGAGCCUCAUGUCCAAGUUCGCCUCGAGCCAGCAGCCGGACGGCGGCCCCGGGUCGCUGUCGUCCGUGGUGAACUGCUCGGGCGAGUCGGCCCUGGCCCCUCCGCCGCCGCUCCCCGCGGGGAUACUGGACCUGAUGCCAUCGUGCUCGGCGCUGGCCACGGCCGCCGGCCUCGCCGUCGACGGCGGGCCGGAGACGGACGCGAGGCUGUUUGGCGUCUCCAUAGGGCUCAAGCGAGCGCGAGACGAAGAAGAAGACGGCGAGGGCGAGGAGCUUCCUAACAGCAACGGCGACGGCGCGGACGUGAAGCCGGAGGAGGCAGCGAACCGGCGGCCCGACGGCGGCAGCGAGGAUCGGCAGUCGUGGCCGAUAUACCGGCCCAAGCCCGUGUACCGGGCCUGCAACGGGCAGGACGGGGCCGGGGCCGGUUCCGGGUCAGACCAGGACAGAUCCAACUCGAGGUGAGUGGACGAUGUUGUAGAAGCUUCGAGCACCUACUAAUUAUUAAUCACCAUCAAAUAAUAAUACUGUAAGCAUCACUAGAGUCGUGAUAGGAUCUUGCAUUACUUUGCUAGCUGGGGAGCUCGGCUGCCCCCUCUACCCAUGUAAUUGUGAUGUUCCUGUUUCAUUUGAUCUAUAAUAUGUGUUGUGUAAUUUGUCGUGGUA